UUGUUUCGGGACGCGCUGGAAGUUGACUCUACGGCAGCGAGACUGCGAGUGCGGCGGUCAGCGGCGCCCGAUGCUUAUAUACCGCUCCCGGGAGAGAUCGCGCGCUCCAUACAAGGCGCGCGCGAGUCGCCCGCCCGCCGACACGCGCCCGUCCACCCUGCUACUCCUGUACUACUACAACCCUCGUCCCCCACACACAGCUCAUCAUACACAGCCCUCAUCAUGAUACUCUGUGCUCGUAGUACGGAGGCUUCUCUCCAGCCUCUCUCUGAAGCAGCGCGCGCCGCUCUUGUCCAUUUCGGGAGUUAG